GACUCAAUACUCUGCUCACGCAUUUCUCUUUUUCUAGUAUACUUCAUCUAUAUAUAUUCGGCCCCUUCUUCCUCUUCUUCCAUCUUUCCCUCCUCACCGCUCAAGUUCGAUCAUCUCCUUGAUUCAGGCUAGACUUGAAUCUGUACACGCAUAUACACGCAUUUACUCAUAUCUGCCUCUCUGCGCCAAAAAAAACUUCUUUGCAAACAGAACAGACCGUCGACAGCUGCCAGGUGCCCGCUGCUACAAGUCUCCGUUACUCCCAAUCAAUCACCGCCAACAGCCAUCAUGAGAUUCUUCAAUGCUGCUUCCGCCAUCGUCCUCGGACUGGCCUCAGUUGCUCAUGGCCACAAACAGAUAAUUGACAGAGAGGUUGAUCAGUCUGCCUCAACGUCGGCUCCAAUUUCUGCUUCUGCUUCCCAUGUUCCGGGUGGUGUUUUCAUCACUACGACCUCGGCAGAACCAACAGCUCCCGUCACCAUCACCGUCACCGUCUCCAGCUCCGUCUCCAGCUCCAGCUCCAGCAAACAAGAAUCUUCGAUUGCAACUUCAGUGCUAGCCUCUUCAGCAGACACUGUGCCUCAUCGUCAGCCUCCGCGUUUUCCAACGGCACAGCCCCCACAAACUCCUCGACGACCGCAGGAUCAAGGUGCUCCAGAGAGGGUCAGUAUAACUGCCAGUCUGACGGACAGAAAUACCAGCGAUGUGCUGCCGGACUGUGGUCCAUCCCUAUGCCCGUGGCUCUGGGGAAUCCAUGUCAGCCCGGGAUGGCAGAUACCUUUGUGUCGGCCCAGAAGCGAAGCAGCCCAGGCUUUGUCCCAAGACGCCGUUUCGUCUAUGAACACCGUCGUGGAAAGCGUGCGUCUUCUCGGAUGGAUUGAGAAAUGAGAUUGAAACUGCCACUGGACCCAGCAACAGCGCCAUCUCACGACUACACCGACUUUAUUC